CGUUCCUCGCCGCGUGCUGUUCCGGGCUUUCGCCGAGCGACUCGUUCGCCGACGACGACGACGACGACGACCGAGCACGUCGAGGGAGACUGAGAGUUACUUCCCUCCGGAUGGUCCUCGAGACACGAGGAGGCCCUUCGCGGUGCCAGUCGCUCCGGACAGCUCGCACACGCGUGGAUUAGCCGCAUCCCCGGCUCACCCGAGACACCUACCCUCGCCAGUCUCGUCCUCCGAUCGACAAAUAGUUCUCAACAGCGUGAUCCCCCUGCCUCACGAUGAGUUUCGACAAAAACUACAAUUCGGCCUCGAGUCUCUAUGACUUCUACAACCCGAUAAGCCGGCUGAUACCGGAAAUUUCCAUCGACAAGAUUUACCAGAGAGCCGAGCAGAAAACAAAUUGUUCCUUCGCACCGAUUACAAGCAGAUCGCCGAGCAGAUCGGGCGCCAGCUCGUCGGGUUCUUCGACCGCCCUUCCGUCGAGUCUGCCGACCGCCAGUCCACCAUACCUGUCGCACACCACUCCGUCGGACUUCACGCGCACCAGUCCGUCUAGUUUGUCCGGCACCAGUCCACGACGCUUUUCCAAUGACAGUCCGUCGCGUUUCUCGCCUGCCAGCCCAGUCCAGGGCCUGUCCGUCAGUCCGCCGUACCUUGCGCGCAACAGCCCGCCGGACAUCUCGAGCACAACGCGUUUUUCGACCGACAGUCCGAUAGAACUGUUGACCGCCAGUCCGCCGUACCUUUCGCAGACAAGCCCACCGGGUCUUUCGCGCGGCAGCCCGCUGGGCCUGUCGCAUGACAGCCCGCUGAGUUUCUCGCGUGCGCUCAACAUCGUGAACAACAACACGACAGUCUCCUCGACCAACGGCAAUCUAACGGACGUCAAGCCGGCAGACUCGAAAUAUUUUCAUCUCUCGGUGGUUUCCACGGACGCGGAGAACAACAGAUGCAGGAUGGUGCGACCUUACGACAACGGCAACCCCGGGCAUGAAUCGAAUGGAUAUUCAUCCCCCUUCGUGACAUCGAACAUGCUCGAUAACGAGGCCAUUAUCUCGACGGAUCAGAUUGAUAUACCCAGCACAUCGUCGGCCUGGCACAUGGUCAACGUGCCGUCGACCAGACCGCCGUCCCACUGCUCGCGAAACAUCCACGAUGUCGGCCAGCAGCGUUACUGUCUCACUUGUAGCCAGCCGUACUGCAAGGACUGCUGCAUCGGUUACCACGAGAAGCACGCGCACGAAGAUUUCAUGAAGUACCUUCAGCUCACCGUGGACCAAGGCACGGAUACGCUGAGAAACGCCCGCACGACGCUGAACAUGCUGCAAACUGACUUGGAGGACGUGCAGCUGGACGCCGAAAUGUUGGAUCAGAAGGCUAGACAGGCGGCCGCCAACGUAAUGAGCUGUAUACGAAGGCACAUUUCCGCCCUGGAAGCCAGAGAGAAGGAACUAUUGAACAGCAUUGAGAGAGCGCGGGUGGUGAAGUUCGACUCUUUGAAAAUGAAAGACGAGCAAUUGAGAAACGAUAAGACGCGCCUGACGAAAGUCACUUAUAAGCUCUGCAACGUCCUGGACUCGUGCGACCUCUCGAGCAACCCCAAGGAGCUUUUGGCGAUCAAGGAUAUGACAAUGGCCGAGAUGUUCCAGAUCAAACAGAAUCGGCGGUAUCGGUCCACCCGGGAAGAAAGUUGGAUCUCGUUCACGUCACUGGGGAACGCCCUGAUGCACGAGAUCGCGAAUUUGGGCAAUAUCCAAACGAGCAAUCCGGGCCCGAUCGGUGAGGGACGCGCGAUUUGCGGCGGCAACUCGUCGCACUUGUACUUGUCGUAUACCCCGAAGAUCCCGAAAGAGAUCGGGCGCGGUCGCCCGGUGCCGGGCAACAGCUUCCCCGUAGUAGUCGGGGAGUCCGCCUACAACAGCGUGAUCCAGGUGAUCGGCGAUAACGGAGACGUUUCCGACAAUCUCUGCCGUCCGUGGGGUAUAACCUGCGACAAUCGAGGUCACAUCAUAGUCGCCGACAGGUCCAACAAUCGCAUACAGAUCUACCGUGAGGACGGUACGUUUGUCAUGAGAUUCGGCUCCCAAGGGACCGGCCAGGGCCAGUUCGACCGUCCAGCCGGGAUCGCCGUCGACAGCAGACAACGUAUCAUCAUCGCCGACAAGGAUAAUCACCGCAUUCAGAUCCUUCAGAUGGACGGCACGUUCGUGAACAGCUUCGGGCAGAAGGGCCACGAGAACGGCCAAUUCAAUUACCCCUGGGACGUGGCGGUGAACUCGGAGUGCCGGAUCGCGGUCUCGGACACCAGGAACCACCGGGUGCAGCUGUUCAGUCCGGACGGCGUGUUCCUAUGUAAGUACGGCUACGAGAACACGCCGAACAUGUGGAAGUACUUCGACUCGCCGCGGGGCGUCUGCUUCACGCCCGACGGCAGCCUGAUCGUCAGCGACUUCAACAACCACACCCUGGUGUCCAUCGACUCGCGUUUCUCGAGUGCGCGCACCCUGACCUGCGAGGCCGUCGACAACAGCAACAAGCCGUUCCUGCGGCCGCAGGGCGUCGUGGUGGAUGACAAGGGCAACAUCAUCGUAGCCGACUCGCGCAAUCAUCGUAUACAGGUGUUCAACUCGAACGGCAGGUUCCUGUGGAAGUACGGCGUCCACGGCACGAGCGCGAAGGAGAUGGACCGGCCGGCCGACAUCGCCCUCUUGCCCGACGGCAAGAUCGCGAUCGUCGAUUUCGGGAACAACCGCGUGCUGUUGCUGGACCGCGUGAUCGAAUCCGCGGAGUCUAUGUAAACGAGGACCGAGACUGGAAAAGUGCGACGCCGGCUCUCUCUUGCGUUCGCGCGCGCCGGAAUUCCCGUCGCACGCCCGUGGAAU